AUGGCCACUCCCUGGACACCUAACCAAUAUCCAAAGGCUCGUCGGUCUGACCACGUCGACAUCUACAAGAGCGAAAAACAAGGCGAAGUUCGCGUUUCUGAUCCAUACCAAUGGCUUGAAGAACAAUCCGAGGAGACUGAUCAGUGGACCACGGCGCAAGAUCAAUUCACCAGAAUUUACUUAAAUAAAAAUCCUGCUCGAACUAAACUAGAGCAGGAGAUCAGGGCAAAUACCGACUAUGCCAAGUUUUCAGCGCCGUCGCUCAAGUAUGAUGAUCGUUGGUACUGGUACUACAACAGCGGUCUCCAGCCUCAGUCAGUGGUUUACCGUUCUAAGGACUCCAAUCUCCCCACCGAGUCGGGGGAGAAGGGGCCAGGGGGAGAAGUUUACUUUGAUCCCAAUUUGUUGUCCACUGACGGCACUGCGGCACUCUCUGUAACGGCAUUCUCUCGCUCUGGCGAAUACUUCGCAUAUGGCAUCUCAUUGUCGGGAAGCGAUUUUUAUACAGUUUAUGUGCGCCGUACAAGCGAGCCUUUCGCCGCGAUUGAUGGGCAGCCUGACGAUCACCAUGCCAAAAGGCUCCCGGAAGAGAUCCGCUUCGUCAAAUUUUCGUCCAUUACUUGGACUCACGAUUCCAAAGGGUUUUUUUACCAGCGAUUUCCAAGCAGAGUGUCUCAUGGUCUUGCAACGGAGGACAAAGCCGGCACGGAAACCACAGACGAUAAGGAUGCUAUGCUUUAUUACCACAAGAUCGGAACUCCACAAUCACAAGAUAUCCUGGUCAUGAAAGAUGCCGAACACCCCGAAUGGAUGUGGGGUGCUUCGGUAUCGGAGGUAGAUGGGAGAUAUUUGUUUCUUGACAUCGUCCAGGACACUGGAAAGAAAAACCUGCUCUGGGUGGCCGAUUUGCAAGAAAAUGAAAUUGGCCAAAACAUGAAAUGGGACAAGAUUGUGAACGAGUUCGAAUCGGAAUACACGGUCAUUGCGAAUGACGGGACUAAAUUAUACCUACGGACAAACGAGAACGCGCCUCAAUACCAAGUUAUCACAAUUGACCUUGCGGACCCAUCACGGCAGCACAAGGUCCUCAUACCUGAAGUUAAAGAUGCAUACUUGGACGACAUAACUGCUGUGGGAGGUGAUAAAUUGGCUGUCGUGUACAAGCGCAAUGUCAUAGAUGAAAUAUAUCUCUACUCGAUGGAUGGCAAACAGCUUACCCGACUUGCUCCGGAUUUUGUUGGUGCCACAGAAGUCGCCGGCCACCGAGCACAGUCACACUUCUUCGUUUUGCUGACUGGGUUUACCAAUCCUGGGAUUGUGGCACGAUACAAUUUCGAUGAACCCAGUGAAGAGAAGCGUUGGAGCAUAUACCGUUCAACGCUAAUGAAGGGGUUGGUGCCGGAUGAGUUCAGCGCUGAGCAAGUCUGGUAUGAGAGCAAGGAUGGCACGAAGGUGCCGAUGUUCAUCGUGAAGCACAAGUCGACAAAGUCCGAUGGAACUGCACCUGCCAUUCAAUACGGUUAUGGCGGAUUCAGUAUAUCAAUAAACCCCUUCUUCAGUCCCACGAUCCUAACUUUCAUGAAGAGGUAUGGUGCUGUCUUUGCUUUGCCUAACAUUCGCGGAGGAGGCGAGUUUGGUGAGGAAUGGCAUCUUGCUGGCACCAAAGAACGGAAGAUCAAUGUCUUCGAUGACUUCAUUGCUGCUACGGAGUAUCUUGUUAAAAACAAGAUUGCUGCUCCCGGUAAGGUCGCCAUUAACGGUGGAUCCAAUGGAGGAUUACUCGUCGCCGCUUGCGUGAACAUCGCCCCAGAGGGCACAUUCGGGGCUGGCGUGGCCGAAGUUGGCGUCCUUGACCUUCUGAAGGUGCGAGUCAUUUUUCUGGCAACAUCUAUCCCUGCUCAAUAUAAAUCAUGCAAAGCGUGGACGUCUGAUUAUGGAAAUCCGCACGACCCACACGACUUUGACUUCAUCUAUCCGAUUUCGCCCCUGCAUACUGUCCCAACGGACAAGAUUCUACCUCCAUUGUUGCUCAUGACUGCCGAUCAUGAUGAUCGAGUUGUUCCGCUUCACUCGUUCAAGCAUGCUGCGACGUUGCAACACACACUCGCCCAUAACCCCCACCCCCUCCUUAUUCGCAUCGACAAAAAAGCAGGACACGGCGCAGGUAAGGCUACUGAGAAGAGGAUCCAAGAUGCGGCCGACAAGUGGGGUUUUGUUGCGCAGUCUCUUGGGCUAAAGUGGCAGGAUGACCAGUGAUCGCACUGGCGACGUGAUAUCCAUACACUGUAUUGAGAAUGUCAUUUAACUUUACGUAGUGUUAUCCAGCUCUUAG